AUGAAUUACUCCGCGUAUCCACAAACAAAUUCGUCAAUACCAGACUCAGAUAUAAAAUAUUACUUGAGAAAGCUCGAUUUUCCAGCAUGUGCCAAAGAAGCACUUGUAGCCAUAGCGGACUUAUCGCGAAUGACUGGAUCGACAGUAAGGCAGCAGAUCCAGUUGCAAACAGAUUUAAUGAUCGAAUUUGUAUUCGGUGAAGUGGAUAAACUCAAGCAACAGAAGAAGCCUGAGAGUCUUCAGGAGUUUCAGUUGAUCGAAGUACUAAGCGACUUUUUUCGCGACCCAGAUCGCAGUCCGGCAGUACGUAAUGCUGUGUUUUUAUUUUUAUUCCCCGGUGAGUGCCCUAGGUAUGAGAUACUGGGUAACUUAGUGUCGUUGUCAAUAUCAACGCAAAACCGGCAAGUGCUGGAUUCCACGGGAAUGUGGAUGCAACAAUUAGGAUCAACUUCUGCGCAGAGUGUUGACUUGGCAAAGCAUAUCCUCAAUGAUUUUUUUGUUUUUUCACCGAAUUCAAUAGACAAAUUAAAACAAUUGCCAGUAUUGGUGCCUUAUUUUACGGCAAAUUUAUUGACAGCGAUAGGUGAAGUUUAUAAAUUUCUAGACCCCCCGAAUGAGUUGUUGAAGUUGGUGGGUGACUGGAUUGAUGAUAAUCCAGGGUUGUUAACUACUUCUUUGAUGGAUAAUCCUGCUUUGCCGUCUGGUGGAAUACCUAUGACUCCAAUUACUCCUAUCGCUGGUUUAUUUAGGUGGUGUAUAUUAAACCCAGCACGUAAAGAAGAUGAUAUCGACAAAAAUACAAUAGACGAGCGUAAGAAAUUAUAUUCUAAAAUCCAGCAAUUACUUAUGGAUGCAGUUUUGCGGUUAAAAGAUAACAGUGGUAACAAACAUGCGAUUUCCGCUCAACACUUGGCACAAACAACGCGUACGUUGACAUCGUUGUUGGAACAGUCGGGUCCAAGUGUUUUGAAAGUCAACUGUGAUUUAGCUAUGGAGCGAUUAGCGCAAGCUGUCAGUACAGCUUUGUCUGUCAAUUGUAUUUAUGGAAACAAACAAGAAUUGUUGGCUUUACUGCAACCACUUGCGUGUCGACACUUUUUAAUCGAAUGGACAUUAAUGACUUAUGGUUCAAAAGUUUCGGUUGUAUAA